CACAGAUAGAUGCUAUGGCCAUGCAUCUGAAGUUAGCCUCCUUCUCUGCUCUUGUCCUGCUGGUGCUCACAGGAACCAGUCACUUCUAUGUCUCAGGAAGCGUGCUUUUCGUCUUAAUUCGUGGACCCAGCAAGGUGACGACUGGGGAGACGGCACAGUUUGAGUGCUCAGCCAGAUGCGACCCCCAGUGCAACUACGUGUGGUCCGUGGGAGGUAAAACGGUACACGGGGGGGUGCUGGAGCUCACGCUUGGAGCCAGUGUCUCGACCCUCCUUCUGCAGUGCACAGCUUUCAACACAGGAACCAACGAAUCCUCCACCACCACCGAACGUGUGACCGUGACAAAUCCGUACUCAGUCCAGCCCCUGAAAGACAGAGAACCCAAGCUGAAUGAGCCCUACAGUUUGAUGUGUACGGGCCCCAGGAAGCUGCCCACGGUGCUCUGGUAUAAGGACGGAGAGGCUCUGGCCUUUGACCCACGGAUGUCUCUUUCAGAGGACAACUCCACUCUCUCCUUCAGCUCACUGCUGUCAUCUGAUGGUGGACAUUAUCAGUGCAAUAUUCCCACUGGGAACAUAAUCAUUGAAAGCAUUGAGUACUUUCUCACCUAUGUGCCAUUGGAUGUGAGAAUAAGUGGUCCAGACACAGCAGAGGUGAGGAAAGAGCACGUGUUUGAGUGCAUAACCAACUGCUCCGACAGCUGCUCCAUCCACUGGACCUUCAACCAGGGUUUUCCCAGCGGCUCCUUAGCCAUCCGCCAGGGAGUGAUGCGAUGGACCCCAGACAGACCGAACAUUGUCCAAAACCUCAGCUGCGUUGCAAGCAUUCCUCUCGCUCAGCGGUCAGCCACAGCUUCCAAGAGCGUGAGAGUCACAGCUACAGCACCGACUUCCACAAAGGGACCUGACUCGGGAUGCGAGAUGCUGAAGCCCAACAUCAUCCUAGGAGUGGCCCUCAUUGUGGUUCUGCUCUUCCGGUUCAACUCCUAGAGGAGGCGCUUCAACGAUUCUGGAGGGAAAAGCAGCCGACUCCUUGCUCUCAUGUUUCCAUUUGUCAAGCACUGUACAAUAAAACAGC